CACUGUGAUUUUUGUUGUAGGGGGGACCCAAAAAAUUGGGCGGACCGGUCUGAGGCAGGGGAGUUUCGUAAAAAAAUGCGCGUUAGUUGAUUUAAUGAAGCGAGCGAUAGAUCAAUUUGUGAGUGAAACGACUAAGAGGAAUGUGACAUUGCUGUAUUUUCUGUACCAGGUUAUACUGUGAUGGAAGAGGCUCCUCAGGGCACGUUCCAGGAUGAGCUUGACUGGUGUAUCCAGCAACUGGAGAACGGAUCGCUGACACUCAACCCUCGCCCCCACGCAGAGGAGACGCAGCGCGUACUGAACUUGCUGCAGUCCCGGAGGGCCACCUUCGUCAGGAAGAGGCAGCUGAUGCAGAAGGUUUUUGGGGAUUACCGUCAAAAAAUGGCAGAGGAGCACAAGCAACAGAGGAGGGAAGCCCUGCUGGGAGAGGCUGUUUCAGGGUCUUUCUCGACGAGAAGAGAGCAGAGGGCGAAGGAGGGCUGGGACUUCACACCCAGCGACAAUAGUUUUGCCUUCAACUUCUUUCCAGGGAGCACCGGCGAGGACGGCUCAGAGCCCGGGUCAGGAGCACCUGAGGAGUCAGCAGAAACGCACCCUGCCCCUGUAAGCCCAGGGACCUUGAGCUUCAACCCCCAGGAACCACAGAGUGCAGACUUUGCGUUCAAUUUCCAAAUCCCGUCGGAGGAGGCAGAGGGACAGGAGACAGCCCCACAGGGCACCCUCCCAGACCCCGGCAAAGGGAGUUCUGUGAAUCCCCAAGUCGAAAGCCAAGGAGGGGAAACGAAGCCUUCGAAGAAGAAGAAAAAGAAGAAGGCAUCUAAUAAGAAACAAGAGGCAGACGAAACCGAUGUCAACAAGAAACAAAGAGUGGAAUCGCAGGGUAAAGAGGCGAGCCGCGCAGAGCAGCCAGCUUUGUCUUCUGAGCAGCAGCUGAGCCGUGAGCUGGACUGGUGCAUCGAGCAGCUGGAGCUGGGACUGAAAACACAGAAAUCGACUCCGAAGCAGGUGGAGGAGGCUGUGCGCGCAGUAAGGACGCUACGCAGCAGCAAGGCCCCGCUGGCGAAGAAGCGGCAGGUGAUGAGGACAAUGCUGGGGGACUACAGGAAGAAGAUGGAGGCGGAGAGGCUCAAUCAGGUUAAACUAAUGCAGACAGCUUCAAAGUCUGCCCGAGUAUCAGCUGUCACAAAGCUCCCCAAGAGCCAAGUCUUACACAAGAGAGGAAACCUGAAGGCACGGGAGGGGCCAGAGGAGCCAGGCUGCUCUGAGACUUCAGGAGAGGGGGCUCAGAGCUCCAGCACAGAGAGGUUUACCUUUACACCAGCGCAGGAGGAGUUCCGAUUCAACUUCUUCUGAAGCGCCGAACUGCUGUCUCUGAAGUGGGUGACACCGAGGACAAGCAUUGACCAGCAAGUCUGCAUAGUCCUGAGUUUACCAUUUUUAAACGUUUCUAGUGCUACCUGUUUGUGUCACAGAGUAAACCAAUAAGCACAUGGGUGUUGUUAUGUUUACUGAUAAACUGGACGUACUCCCAUCUCACUGCUUCUCAGUGUGGAGCUCUAUCUUUAAGAAAUAAUAACACUGCCCCAAUUUUCUUUAAUGGAUAUUAAAGGACAGAGAGCAACAGGGCGCGGUGGAAUAUGCCUACAAUUGAGUUGAUGUAGUGCCUUUUUUCAUAUUAAACUAAAAGAUCUUAAAGUAA